UGAUUUUAGACAGUCUUUAUUUUUAUCAGAUAAUUAUUAGAGUGAAAAGGCGGGAAAAAUUAUUGUGCAGUGUAUUGUGAUAAGAUCUUUAGAAAUUAUUAAUUAUAAAAUAAAGAAUUGGUUAACAAUUUAACAAAAACGAGGCAAAAUACAUUUACAAAAAGUGCCUGCAUUUAAUAAAACUUUGGAAAAAAGAUUAAGCAUGUCAAAAGAACCGCCAGCAAAGAUUUUUAAAGUUGGCACACCAGACUUCCGAAAUGAUUCAAGUGAAAUUGAAUUAAUGGAAGUUGAAGAUGAUGAAUUAGCUAGUUCUUCAAGAAGUUCAAUAUUAGCUUCUGAAAAACCUAUAUUGGAUAUACUGAAUCAUAAAUUUCUUCAAGUCGAGAGCCGUUUUGUUGCUGACAUUAGAUCAUUUACUGCAAUCCCUUAUUAUGAUAACUUAAAAAUCAUUAAAAUUACAUUAGAGGCCCUUCAAAAGUUGUCAAUUUUAAAUUUCGAAGCAUUUCCAAAUGUGUUUAUUUUUGUAAUAGAAAUUAAAAGUUUUGGAUACAACCAAGCAUCUGUUCUUAACAUUGAGAGCUUAAUGAACAAUUUAUUUAUAACUGAUUAUCAUGCUACUCGUCCACUUAUACUACAAUUAACUUCAAAAUCCGAAAAUUUGUCUAAAUUCUUUUACAAAAAAGAAAAAUCGAACAACUUUGCUGAAAUUGGAAUUGAUGAGAAUUUCGACAACGUUUGGAAUUUUUCAUCAUUUUUCUGGAAGUUUAUGAAUGGGGAAAUUGACUCUUUUGAUAGAAAUUUAAUUGUCAAUCUGCUAAAACUACAAAGAUUAGAAUCUAAUUUAAUCAUUAGAUUUUUAAAUAUUUUUAAAAUUCCUGGAGAUUUCUUGUGGACAUUGAAAAUUGAAUGUUCAAAAUAUGGUUCAAAAAGUCAAUUUUUAGCAGCUUUUGAUGAAUCAUUUGACAACAAGACGAAUCAUUUAAACAUCAAGGGCCAAAGCAUCUUAAAUCGUACAUUUUUAUUGUCAACUUCUGAAGUAUCAAUCCUGUCGCUGGCUGUAGAAAACUCAAACAUUGAAAUUAUUGAGUACUUAACAACAAAAUGCUUUCAUUUAAUUCAACAACUUCCAUCUGAUCAUCAAGUCAAAGUCACUACAAUUGCUUUUAAUAAUCAAGAAUUUGAUAUUGUUAGUGAAUUGAUCGAAGAAUGUGAUUUUCCAUUUCCUGAUAAAUUCAACAUUGUGAUGACCAGUAAUUUAAGACUUAAUCAUAUAGCCAAAUCAAGAUGUGAUUUCUUCAUUGCAAUUCAAUUUGGAAAUUUAACUGCAAUCAAUAAUUUUAUUGACAAUAAUCCAAAUCUAAAAAUUGUCUACAGCAUUGACAAUAAGUCAUCUUUAAAACAAUCGAUUGAUUCCAAUAAAAUUGACAUCUAUUGUGUUCUUAAAUUUCAUGGAUUUCAACCAGCUUAUAAUGAGGAUUUUGAAAAUUUUCUUACUCCAUCACAAAGAGAGCAGAUUGCAGAAAUUAAUGUUCAAAAUGGACUUAAAUGCACUACAGCCGUACAGCUUGCACAUAGAUCAAUUAUUCAUAAUCAGAAGAUUAAUAAAGAAACAGAACAACAAUAUCGUCAAUUUAUUCAAAAAUGGUACGAAUUAAUAUACAAAUCAAAAUUUGGAAUGGAAUUGAUCAAUGCAAUUGCUCAAUGUGAAGAAUUAAUCAUCGAUUUUGAUUUUGAAAGUGAAUUUGUCCAUAACAUCGACAUGUCUCCCAAAGACGAAGCAUUUGGAUCAACGUAUCCACAUAAGAAAUGGAUUUUGAUUGGCGCUAAAUUAACAAACGACGAAAAUAAAGAACAAGAAAUAAGAGGAACAAUAGCACAUGAGUUUUGUCAUUACAUCCUUUACUUAAUAUUUGACAAUAACUUAAAGCCUUAUAGUAAUAAAUCUAAAAAUAUUGAAGGGAUUUUUGAUGCAAUUGUCAAAGUUUAUUCUCAAUGGUUUCAUUCAGCAUUCACAAAUAGUGAAAAUGAAGCAUAUGAUGAAUGUAAUCAUAUCAUAUCAAAUGUAUACAAAAAAUAUUCAAUGGAUAAACAUCAUCAAGAAUUAAUUGUCAGAGUUCCUGAAAUUUUGACUUACUUUGACGGUGAUGACGAAAAAAUCGAGCAAAUUAGUAAAAUUUACAAACCAUUAUUUACCUUUUAUGAAGCAUUUGUGCUGCCUGCCUUAAAAACAUUCAAUUUAAAAGAUCGAGAAUGUGUAAAAAUGUUCAACAAAAUUUCCGGAGUUUUACAAAAGGUUUGGAACAUGGAAUAUGAUUUGACAGACUGGAAAGAUCUUACUGGAAGUCUUAAUCGAAACAUUAUUAUUAAUACAAAUAAUUCAAGCCUUUUAUUACGAAACAUUUGUUACUGUCUAUUCCAAGAAAAUCAACAACUUUUUAACACAAAAUCAAUUUUUAUGGCACCAAAAUGCUUACAAAAUGAAGAAAUUUUUAAACAAUUUAAUGAAAUUUUGACAAAAGAAAGAAAUUUGGAUCACUUUUUUGGAAAUUCUGAACAACAAAUCACAAGAUUUAAAAGGGAAAUUAAUUCAGUUGAUUCCGAUGUAUCAAUGGAAAAUGUUGAAAGUUCAAAUAUUAUUUUCAAUAAUUUUAGUGAAAUGUCCAAAAAUAACUUCAACAGUUCUGAAUAUAUUCCUAUAAUUGUAGAUUGCUCGGAGGAAUCAGGAUCAUUUUUAAAUCAAUAUGCAGACAUUUUGUCACGACAAACUGCCAAUUUCAUCUUUGUUCUUAAAAAUGGAUAUGAAAGUGACGAAUUGGUACAAAUUUUGGAGAAAAAAAUGGGAAUACGAGAAAGAAUUACAAUUGAUUAUUCCUGGAAUGAUCUUACGAUUAAAAGUCAAGAUCUUUUAUUGCAAAGAGAAAUUUCUCUUCAAAAUAGUCCAAAAAUUUUAUUAAAGACAAUUGAGAAUGUCUCAGCAGAUCAACAUUUAAAUAACGAACCUUUUCAAAAUAUUGUCGAUUCGCAACUUCUUAAUCUUCUAAUGGAUAAAUCAACAGAAAUUCAUAUAAAUAAGAACAAUAAUCAAGAGCUUAAAUCCGAUGAAUUUUUUGAAGCUAUUUUCCAAACAAGAAAUUUUGUCAAAAACUUUAGUAAGGAAAUUGAAAAAAAAUUAUCGAUCGAUGAAUUUGAGAGUCAAAAAAGCACAAAAAUUUUUAAUAAUAUUGAAAUUGAUGAGCAAAAUGAAUCAGUUAAGUUCACGGAAGUGAUUAAAAUAAGUGAAAGCAUAUCAUUAAGUGAUCAACUUGAUGAAGUACAAAAUCAGAAAUAUGUCAUUAUAUCUGACACAGCUGGAACUGGAAAAAGCUGGAUGCUGAAAAAUAUUGGAAAAAUUCUACAAAAUAAAUAUCCGGAUAGAUGGCAAACCUAUAUAGAUUUAAAUCAAUUUACUGAUGAAUUUAAGUCAUUUUGUAAUGAAAAUUUUGUCGAUUUUAUGAUUAAAAAAAUUAUUAAACCGAAAGAAAAAUUCGAAGAAAAAAUCUUUAAGCAGCUUUACAAAAAUGGAAAAGUUGUCAUCCUUUUUGAUGGAUUCGAUGAAAUUUGUUCGGAAUGUACUGAUCCCAUGAUUAAAGUUCUAGAAUCUUUUGAACAUAAUAAUGGAAAUCAGCUUUGGAUUACAACAAGAGAUUAUUAUCAAGUUUCAAUACAAGAAAAGUUAAAAAUUGAUGUUGUUUACAAACUCGACGAAUUCCCAAAAGAUUAUGGAGAACAUUUGAUUUCCUUAAGUUGGAUAUUGAUGGAACUUAAGGAAAAAAGUUCAAAAAUUGAUGUAAAAUCACUUAAUCAAAUACUAAAGCAGAAUCCAAAAAAAUUGGAACAUUAUCAACAAAAAGCUAAAAGUUUAUUAAACAAAAUUCCAAAAAUCAACAACCGAAAAAUCGGAUAUCCAUUGUUCUAUAAAAUAGUAUCUGAAAUCUACAAAGACAAAUUAGAUGAUGAAAUAAUCAUGACUUUAUAUUCUACAUACAAGGAAUACACAAUAAAACAAUAUAAAAUUUGGUCAAAUGAAAAAGGAAAAAUUUGGAAUGAAGACAGCAUUAGAGUUCAAAUGGAUGGAGUGAAUUUUGUCUUAGUUCAUCAAUUUCAUGCAAUGGAAAGUUUAUUUCCAAAAAUUACAGUUUUUUGUGAUUUAAAGAAGGAAAAUAUAGGCUGGCCAGAAAUACAAAUCGUUAAUUUUGGAUUGAUAAAUAAAAAUGUUUUUAUUCACGAGACAUUUUGUGAAUUUUAUGCUGCAGAAUUUGUGCUUAGAGUUAUUGAAAAGGAAUUGUGGGAAACUCAUGAAGAUUUUUUCAAAUUUUUCAUCUCAUUAUUGACUGAGAAAAAAUUUGAUGUUGUCCGGAUGUUUAUCAAUGAAGCAUGGAAUUCAAUUUCUUUAAAAUUGGAACUAAACAUUAAAAAUUUUGCAGACCAAUUCGACAGAUUUAUUGAUGGAAAUCAAAGUUUUUCAAAAAUUUAUAGUGAAAAUCUAGAAAAUUUGGCUUUAUUUUUGAUAAAUGUGUUUAAUUGUUUAAAAUACAAUAAAGUCAAAAACAUUUUAUUUAAAAAUAUUAUCAGCAUCAUCAAUAAGACCAAAAACUCGGAAUUAUUCCUGAAAUUUCAAGAAUUUUAUAUGAAUUUUCUACAAGUUAAUGAUUUAAAAUUAAUUUUAUUAAAUCUUAAUAUUAUUAAUUAUAUUGCUGAAUCAUCAUUAAACCAUGAAGUCGUAAAACAUUUAAAUACAAAAAUUCUACAAAAAUUGGAUGCAAAAUUUAUGAAACAAAUUUUAAUGCCAACAAACCAUAAUAAUUUAUUAUUGACAAUUAUCGACAGCAGAAGAUUUACUGCUCAAAAGUUCCAAACAUUUUGUUCAAUGAUGGAAGAAUACUUGGGAAAAGAAAUCUUAAUGUCUUUAUUUUGGAGAAACACUGACAGCCAAAUCACUAACAUCAUGCACAAAAUAAUAUUCAAAAGAGAUGAAGAACUGCUUAAAACUGUCUGGAAGACAAUUAAAGAAAUUUUAAAUUCAUCCGAAAAGCCAUUGUCUAAGCUUUUACCUCAACUAAAACGCAAUAAAAUGAGAACACCGCUUCAUGAUGCUGCAUUUUCAAACAAAGUUCAAUUUUAUGUAACUUUAUGGGAACUUUUGCUUGAUACUUUUAUAAAUCGUGAAGAAUUGAAAGAAUUUGUGCUUCAAAAAGAUGUUUUUGGUAACGGUUUUAUCCACAUGGUGGUGGCAUUGCAGAGCGCAGACAUUAUUGAAUUGAAUUUUAAAGUCUUAAAAGAUAAUUUUAAUGACAAUCAAUAUAAGGAAAUUAUAAACUCACAUGGAUAUGAAAAUCGUAAUUUGCUUCAAAAAGCAACUGAAAUUUCUAAAGACAUCUCAGUUCAUCAAAAGUUAUGGAAAAUUGUUCGUGAAUCUUGUGAUUCAUCAAUAGAUUUCAUUAAAUUCAUCAUUGAGCAAGACAACUCAGAAAAUAACGUUCUCUUUAUGGCUAUGAAUUUUCCAACUUGUGAUAUAUUCAAUACAAUGAUUGAAGAACUAGAACAAAUCACAGAACAUUUAGAAAUUAAGAAAUUAUUAAAAUUGAAAAACGGUUAUGGACAAAAUCUUCUUCAUAAGUCAUUGAGAUUUAAUCAGUCAAUAGAAUUGCAAAUUGGAUUAUGGAACAUCCUUUAUAAAUAUCUUGAAUUAAAAGAAAUUCAAGAACUAGUUAACGAUAAUGAGAAUUAUGAAUGUAAUAUUCUACAUUAUGCUGUUACUUAUAGCUCACUAGAAAUUACAGCUUACACAUUAGGUCAAAUUAAAAAUGUUUUGAAUGAAAAUGAACUUAAAAGUUAUUUACUUAUUCCUGGAUAUAAAAGAAAAAGUUUAUAUGAAAGUGCUUUGCAGAAUGAAUUAUCUCAAAUGGCUGUUUGGAUUUUAAAUGAAAUGACAAGUUAUUGUGCUUACUAUUAAUCAUUUGUGUGCAUAAAAUUAUUUUAGAAUUUUUAAGUAAUAUGGUUUUUUUUGGGAAAAAUAAAAAAAAUAAAUAUUAAAGAAAAUAUCAAAUUUAUAAAAUAUUAUUUUAGUUUUUUCACUUAAUAAAAUCAUGAUAAAAUUUAA